GCUGAAGGUUGAGCUUUCAGAGCUCACAGUGGGUGCAAACCGAGUCAAAGAGUGAGCGACGAGCGAGUCAGAAAGCGAGAGAGAAGAUGUUUCUCCGAAGAGUAGCGAGGCCGUUGAUGAUGAUGGCGAAGGUGAAGGAGACAACAGGGAUCGUAGGUCUCGAUGUGGUCCCAAAUGCGAGGGAAGUUCUUAUUAAUCUUUACAGGAAAACCCUAGAAGAGAUCAAGGCUGUCCCGGAGGACGAGGGAUACCGGAAAGCCGUCGAAAGCUUCACGCGCCACCGCCUCAGUGUCUGCCAGGAGGAAGAAGAUUCGGAAGUGAUCGAGAAGCGGCUUGGUUGUGGCCAGGUUGAAGAGUUAAUUGAGGAAGCGCAAGAUGAGCUUAAGCUCAUCGGUCACAUGAACGAGUGGAAACCUUGGGGUGUUCCCGAUGAUUACGAGUGUGAAGUUAUUGAAAAUGAUGCUCCAGUGCCCAAGCACAUCCCCCUUCACCGUCCUGGUCCCCUUCCUGAGGAGUUUUAUAAGACACUGGAGGCUGUUACUUCUGGCACAUUGGAGACUUUAAAGAAAGAUGAGCCUGCAAUUGCAUCAGGUGAAUCCCAACCAAAGUAGCAUCUCAAUGGUGACUCUCUGCACUGAUCAACCCAUUUCAAGAUCAAAAACUGAAUGUGCUCACAGUCUCAUCAUUGUGUUCUUUUUUUGUUGUCGAGAAUGCUCUCAUCCUCGUGUUCUUCUCUUUGUGCUAUUCUUAUAUAAUCCUUUAAUUAGAUUAGCCGGAGUUUGUGGACACAGCUUGAGCGAUUAGUUAAUAAAAACAAACCGACUCUGGUUGCAAUGGUCUAUUUAUUUCUGUUGUUGAAGCUACAUAACAAUUUUCCAGU